ACUCCCUGCCCAGCCCCGGAGGAGCCUGUCUGGAGCCGCUGGCCUCCUGGCAGACUGUACUAUCAGGGUGGAGUGGGCGCUGCUCAGAGCUCUCCCGCCUUCCACUCACAGCAUAGUUUAUCUUGUUUCAACAGCCAGAACAGUUUAAUGGACAAAAUAACACCUUCUCGGGAAGCAGCUACAGUAACUACAGCCAAGGAAAUGUCACUAGGCCUCCCAGGCCGGUUCCUGUGGCAAAUUACCCUCACUCGCCUGUUCCAGGGAAUCCCACACCCCCCAUGACCCCUGGGAGCAGCAUUCCCCCUUACCUAUCUCCCAGCCAAGACGUCAAGCCACCCUUCCCGCCUGACAUCAAACCAAAUAUGAGCACUCUGCCGCCGCCCCCAGCCAACCACAGCGACGAGCUGCGGCUCACGUUCCCCGUGCGGGACGGCGUGGUGCUGGAGCCCUUCCGCCUAGAGCACAACCUGGCUGUCAGCAACCACGUGUUUCACCUGCGACCCACGGUCCACCAGACGCUGAUGUGGAG